UUUUCUGCGAGUCGUGUUCAGUAAAUGCUACUGCUAGCGGUCGUUCGCCAGGACAAGCCACGUGGUCGUUGUUACCAGCAGCGGAUCUGUCUCGCUUAGUGUUCCAUUGGAUGUCCCUGAGAGUGGCUGUUGUUACUGGCUGGAGAUAGGGAACAUCUGGAUCGCGUAUAGGCCCCAUAUUUGACCACAGAUCAUCACCUGCAUGUGCCAGCAGCAAUCUGAGGACUUUUAUCGAUCAUUCCAGUACUAGAUCAUGUGUUUCGUGUGAACUUUUAACUAUUUAGAUUUUUUUAUUAACUCAGUGCUGGUCGUUCUAACUUUCGGCUGUUUUUUCUGUCAGUAUUUUGAAAUGGAGAGGUUCAGAACUGCUGUGGAGGCAACAGUAAAGGUGGAGGGGCAUUAUGGUUCCCAAUUCAUCACGUCAGCUGCUGGUAUGGUCUCUGCCAACUCUUGCUUUUUUGCUCAGCUUGUUAUGGUAUCACAGGAAGCGGGGCACAUCAUUUCGAAGUGACCCUGGGGGAACAACAGAGGAUACAGGUAGCACAUCUGGAGAUAAAUCUCAGCAAGUAGAAGAUCUUCAGGUGUCCAUCACAGCAUCUCUACCUGCAGAGAGACAACAGACCGGUAAAGAUCUGCGUGAGACAGUUACUAUUGUCUGUGGUGAUAAAGAGAUAAAAAUUGACAAACCCAAGGGACCUGCAGUGAAGGAAGAAACAACACUUGAGGCUUCACACCAACAGAGCUUGGAGCUAGUGCUCAAGGAGAGGGUUCUGACCGAGACAGCUCUUAGUGUCUUUACUGGUGUGCCUGGUGAAGUCGGCAAUUGUGAGGAUUCAGAUAUGAAUGAAAUUGACAUCAAGAAAGAGAUUCAAGAGAUGAGCGCUGUGGAGUUUCCUGUUGAUAAGUUAGUCUGUGUGCAGAAAAUCCCAGUUAAGUCAGUUAUGAAAGAGGAGGCCAAGAUAGCAAUGUUGGAAGGUUCAAUUUGUAAUGGCCUGGAGAGCCCAGAGCACUUAACAGAUAAGAUUAGUGAUACAGAUUCAUCUGUAGCACAAGUUGAGAAGGAGGUGCAUGAAAAGUUGACUACUAGUGUAGCUACAAACAUUUCUCCUCAAGUGUCAUCAGAGUCUUCUCAGACAUUGCCUGAAGUUCAUGUUUUAGCCACAAGAGAGCCACUUGAGAGGACUGCAGAGGAACAAAACAGUGUUGGAGGAGUAGUGGAGGCUUUACCAAUGAACAUAAUAAGUAGUGAAGAAAUCUCGAGAAGGUUACAAAUAUCAGACAUCAGGAUACAACAGGAUAACAAAGACACAAGUGUGGGGUGUGAGGACAGUGAAGAUGAAGCACAGGUUUUACCUCUUAACAUAAACAUUUCGGAUGACUUGAAAUUUGUCGAAAGUUUUGAGAAAAGCAUUGAUUCAAUUCAGUUAGCAAUUGAUACAAAAGUCUCUUCAGUUGUUGAAGACAUGGAGGAGCCAGAAGACAAUGAGAGCGUAAGUAGUGUUGAUAGUUUUUCAGUGGCCACAACCAUUGUAACUCGUAAAUCAAGUAUAGAAACCUUAACAAUGGAGAAACUUGCACAUGAAGAAGAGGAUUCCAAGAAGUCUGCAGGAGAGGUGACUGUUGAAGGAAGUGAAUCUGUGCCACUUGAAUGCACAUUGUCAUCCCUGGAGUUGAAUGAAAAUGUGAAGGGAGAGGCAUCAUCUGAUGCAGAUGGUAUGUCAGGAAAUGGGGCAAUGGCUGGGACAUUUGCUGUGGUCUCUAAACAUCAGAGAACUGAGAGAGACUCUGCCAAUCACAGUCCGGCUGAUGUAAUGCUCGCCAGUCCUUCCAUAAGCAGCUGUUCUGAUGCACAGAGUGAGGGUUCGAGUGACAGUGGUAAAGGCUGCAGUGAUGUGGCAACACCACCUUCACGCACGCCAGCCAGUGGAAGUUCUCUGUCUGGUGACGCUCCCUUACCAUCAGUUUAUGAGUUUGUCCUACCACAGCAUUUGGUAGGUCGUCUUAUAGGCCGUCAUGGAUGCUUUGUCCAUCAAAUUAAGGAAAAAACAAAUGCCAGCAUUUUCAUAAAGAGGCAUCCAGACACCCAGAAGCUCAAAAUAUGUGCUGUAGAAGGAACCCAGGCAGACAUAGAGAGUGCAUUGGAAAUGAUUCGACAAAGGUUUCCACCAAAGCGCUACCCAAAUGUGUCCCUGGAGCAGGUGAGCUUCCUGCCUCCUGUGCCCACAUUCCCACUUAUUCCAGAAACUCUGCAGCUUCCAUUGGUCGAGGGAGUCAACAAUGAUGUGAUCUUGUCAAGUCUCGUGUCACCUGCACACUUUUUCCUGCAGCAGCCAACGCACCCGACGUUUCCUGCGCUCAUCCGCCAGGAUGCUUGCAUGAACGUGUGCUACAGUGAACCUGCUGCACCUCCACUUCCAACACCAAUUCAACUGACUUCAAUCUGUGUAGCACCGGCAAUGGGUGGAUGGUACCGCGCUCAAGUAGUGGCAGUAGAUUCAGAAACAGAUGCCUGUGAUAUCAAGUUUGUGGACUAUGGUGGAUACGUAACAGUGACUAGCUCUGUUCUGCGCCAGAUACGAGGAGACUUCUUGACAUUGCCAUUCCAGGCAGCAGAGUGUUACUUAGCAAAUGUUAUCCCUUUUGGAGGGCAUGAGGCAGAAUGGAGCAAAGAGGCUGUUGAUAGCAUGGAAGAACUAACACAGGGACAAGUCCUUCAGGCUCAGGUGUGUGGGUAUGCUGAGGAUAGUAUGCCAUUGGUUUAUCUCUACGCCAUUCAUGGUUCUCAGGUGGUGCUUAUAAAUCAGGAGUUGGUUUCACAAGGUUUGGCAGAAUGGGUGGAGAGUGCAGAAGCAUAGACGUGAACAACUGAAAUGAGUGAACUAGUCCAGAUAUCCCGGAGUGAGGUAACUGACAUACAGGUCUCCCAUUGGCAUUGGUUUGGCCACUGUCAGUUUAUAAAUUGUUUCCUUUAAUCUGUUGAUUGUGUAUCAGAAUGUGAAUAAACAAGGAAACAGGCAUUCUGGAACUAUUUGUUUACAGUUUGUGUUAACUCUUCAGAAUUGAUGAUGGAUAUUCUUAUAAGUGGUCAAAACCUAAAGUAAAACUCAAGGAUAGUGGUAACUUUGUUACCAGUAGAGCUUUGUGUCGUAAAACUGAAUUUUUUCAUGUGUGAUAGGAUUAAAGAGAACCUGUGAGGCAGAUACAGAUCUGUGACUCCAGAUGGUCAGUUCCUUGGGGAACCGAGCUUCACUGUUAACACUGCAAAUAAGAAGGGAAACUUUGUUUAAAGCUUAGAUUGUCACUACUGAUCUACAAACAUUUAAUUAUCUAUAUGUGUACUCAUUUAUUCUUAUUUGAUUGUAUCUUGCUGGUCAUAACUGAUUCUCAGAAACAACAGUAGGCCGUUAGAGUAUUGGUUCAUGGAUUGAACUGUUUAGUAAUUUGCCAGAAAUUUUAAGAUACAUGGCUUUGAAAUGAGCCUGAAUUAUUAUCAUACAGUAUUACAAUAUCCUUAACUAAUUGAAUUAAUCUUGUGCACCUAUUGUACUAAUUACUGCAUCACAGCUUCACUCUUCUGCCCAUGAUGUGUUCAUGGCAUUUAUAUAACAAGUAUAUGUUGGUAGUCCCAAAUUCUUUAGCUGAUUUUUAUAUGAUGACUCAUGCUCAAGAUUUACUUGUGAUUUUGCAUGUGAAAUUUACUUAGUGGUAACUUAGUCUGCUUUGAUAAGAAUCAAAAUUGCAAUUAAUACAUAAAUUAUCUGCUAGAGAUUUCAUCUGGAAAGUAGAGAGGUAAGUUUAGUAAUGUCUCAUUAGAGCCAUAAAGUAAUGAUGUUUAUAAUGUAUGGAAAAUUUUCAUGGUUGAAUUCAGUAGUGAUGUGUACAUUAGUAGUUCCUGCUGUCAUGGUUUUGUGUCUAUUUUCCUUAUAGAUGUUAAGUUCUCAAGCCAGAAGAAGUGGUGUUUCAUUUUUGCAGGAAGUAUUUUAAUGAUUUACUGUGUGGUGAUUGUAAUGUUGCAUUUUUUGUGUUCAUAGGUUAGUUACAUUCUGUUUGUAAAAUUAAAAAUAAUUGUCAACAUUUGUUGCUUAAAAAUUAUUUUCUGCAAAUACUACUGUUCUUUAAGUUCACUUUUCAUGCAUUCAGUUAAGAUUUGUUGGUUUAUUCUAUUAUGGGAUAAUUGGUUUUAUCCUACUCCAUGAAAAGGAACUAGUUGAACCACUGUUCAUAAGGAAUUUUUUUGUCUACAGUGCAUUGACUAUAUAAUCACAUUCAUUCAUAUUCUGUAUUUAUAAUAAAUCACAAUUGAAUAAUAAGUAAACAUCCUCUAUCAUAAUUUUAUGCAGACCAUUCGUGUGUUACUGGAUACUUUUCUUCUUCGUUGUUAAAGAAAGCUACGGUUAUUUCUCUAUAUUUCUUUCUUAUUACAUUUAAGAUGAAAAUGUGAGCUACUUUUAAUAUGCAUGUUGUAGAAAACAUUUUCAUGGCACUAUCUCAGCAACUCCCUAUUUACGUUCCAGCUCUCCAUAAAAUACAAAAUAAAUAUUUGCAUUCCUUUGCUACGUCAAUUGGCCCAUAGCACAAAUACCGAGUAGCUGUACAUUUUACGAACUUAGUGUUUUUACAGACUUCCAUUAGAAUUUCUGUUUAGUGAUGCUUGUAUUAUUUACCUUUCUUUGUGAUUGAUGUUAAUGAUGGCAAGAAGAAUUAACAUGUUCCAUAUUUGCAAGGCCAUGUGGUCUUGUUUCUAAACAUUUGAAUUUCGUACUGUCAUGUUGUUUCCACAGUAAUAAUGUGUACUGUAUUUAAGAAUUUAUAUAUUAUCACCAAACAACAGAAGAAAAUAUGUGCUAUUCUAGAGGUGUAUUAUCUAUGCUUGGGGAAAAUGUGGUACUUUAAAUCUAGUUAAGAAUAUUUAACUUUCUUGGUUUUCCAAAAAUCUCUUCAUUUGAAGUAAAUAUGUUUCACCUCGUAAAUGCUAUUUUGUAUCCUCAUGAUUUAAGCAAGAACUUAAUGCAGUCAUACUUUAAAGUUAAUUGUGUGUGUUUUGAUUAUUACCAGUCUCUCUAUUCUUCCAUCACCAACAGGUUGUGUUUGGAUGUACACUUAGGACAUGAUGAUUAAAGUUAUUUCUUUUGUACAUAUUGCAUAAUGUAUUAUUUAAAUAUAUUUGAAGUUAAA